UAACCCGGAAGUUGUUACAAAAACAUUGAAGCGCGUACUAGUUGACCCGGAAGUAGCUGGAGCCACGCUGGUGAGGCUGAAUCGUUGCGGAUACGAAGAGAAGACGAGAAGGAGACGAUCUGAGGAGAAAGAGAGUUUAUUAAUAAUCAGCAAACAUGAGUCUGUUAACAAAGCCCAAGUCAGAGAUGACCCCCGAGGAGCUCCAGAAACGAGAGGAAGAGGAGUUCAACACCGGCCCUCUGUCGGUGCUCACCCAGUCCGUCAAGAACAACACUCAGGUCCUCAUUAACUGUCGCAACAACAAGAAGCUGCUCGGAAGAGUCAAGGCUUUUGACAGGCACUGCAACAUGGUGUUGGAGAACGUGAAGGAGAUGUGGACGGAAGUUCCCAAGAGCGGGAAGGGAAAGAAGAAGUCUAAGCCGGUGAAUAAGGACCGCUACAUUUCUAAAAUGUUCCUCAGAGGAGACUCGGUCAUCAUCGUGCUGAGAAAUCCUCUCAUCACCGGAAAAUGAACUCUUUAUAGGCGUCCAGCUGAAUCCCUCAGAGCCCUUUUUCUUUUUUUUUCAUUCUAUUGUUGAGUUGAUUUGAAGGCAGUGGACUGUCAUUAAUGGUUUGUUUUUUUGUUGUUGUGUCGUUGGAUCACUGCAGUCACUAUGAGAUAAGAACCAUAGUGUCAGAAUGAUGUCUGUACUUUUUGGAGAGCCAUUUAGUCACAAGAAUACCUGGUUUUGCGUUGACAACAUAAGUCCUCUGUAUUUUUCAUUUUAAUAAAAAAAGUGAUGAAUAGA